AUUAAAUUGAGGGAAGGCGCAACUCUGACUCUACAAUCUACAUCACAACUCAGUUUACAUUAGAGAACUCUACAUGCCAAAAUCUAGAUAAAAAUGGAAAACACAAAUGAAAUUAAUGGAACAAGUGUUGAAAGUGUGACAAAUAAUGUUGCAAAUGUCAAAAUAAAUGAUAGUACAACAACAGAUUCAUCAUCAACACCAGGAAGUCCAGCAACUGGUGCUUCAACUGUAUCAUCAUUUGCAGCAGCUUUUAAAUCAUUUUCAAAAUUUGGAGAUAUUAAAAGUGAUGGUAAACAUAUUACACUAAGUCAAAGUGACAAAUGGAUGAAACAAGCUAAAGUUAUUGAUGGAAAAAAAAUUACAACAACUGAUACUGGAAUUUAUUUUAAAAAACAAAAAUCAAUGAAAUUAAGCAUGGAACAAUACAAAUUGUAUCUUGAUGAAUUAGCAAAAGCUAAAAAAGUUGAAAUUGGUGAUAUUAAAAAUAAACUAGCUAAUUGUGGAGCACCUGGUUUAACACAUGGACCUGGAGGUCCAAGUAAAUCAGCUUCUGCUGUUGAAAGAUUAACUGAUGUAUCAAAAUAUACUGGAUCUCAUAAACAACGUUUUGAUGAAACUGGCAAAGGAAAAGGUAUUUCUGGACGAAAAGAUUUACCAGAUGCAUCUGGAUAUGUUCAAGGAUAUCAGAAUAAAGACACAUACAAAGCACACUAGAUUUAUAAAAAAUAAAAUUGAUUCAUUAAUUAUUAAUUAUUAAUUUUAAAUUAUCAUUAAUGAUAAAUUUAUUGCAAAUAUUUUAAGGUUUUUUUUUUCUAUUAUUCCUUCAUCAGAAAAUAAAAUAAACAUAUACAAAAAUAUUUAACAGAAAAAAAAGUUAAAUAAUUUAAUUAUACUUAUUUAAAAAAUAAAAUCUUAAUUGUUAAUUUAUUUACUUAUAAUUUCAUUUUUGUAAAUUAAUAUUUGGAUAAAAAAAACACCUCAAGUUCAAAAUUAAAAUUUAUCUGUCAAUAAUUGAAAUAAUUAUUUAAAAUAAUUCAAAUAAAAUUAAAUGUUAGUUGUAUAAAUUCAAAUGCAAUAGACAAAUAAAUGGUUUUUUUUUUUAUUUCAAAAUUAUAUUAACAAUUAAAUCAAAAUACUCUGAUUUUUUGUGUUGAUAAAUUCAAGCUCAAAUUUUUUGAAGAUAAGACUUUUAAAAAGAAAAAAAAAAAAGAUAUUAAUUAUAUUAAAAAAUAAAUUUAAAAAUACUCAAAGUUCAUUGGCAUGUAAACAUAAACACACAUCAAAAAAAAAAAUUAUAUAAAAAUACAUAUAAAUAUUAAAAAUAAAUUAAGUCUACUUAAUCAACUUUUAUUUAUCAUCAAAUAAUAUAAAUAAAUAAAAUAAUUAUAAUCAUUUUAAUAAUGAUCAUUUAAAUUAAAAGAAAAAUGAUUUUGUUAUUUAUUCAUUGGCUCAUAAUAAAAAGCAGGUGAGUAUUUUAAAUUUGAACAAAAAAAAAAACAAUUAUAAAACAAUUAUAAUAAAUAUUUAAAAAGUUAUAAAAUAAAUUCGAAAAAAAUAAUUAUUUCAAUUGAUUUUUCUGUUUUUUAAAUUUACUAGAUGUAUUUAAUAUAUUAAUUUUUAAUUUUUAUCAUUAACAAACAAGGUGUCUACUGUGACAUACUUCAAGAACAAGUAAAUAAGAUAGUUAAGUAUAAAAAAAAUUUAUGAACCAAAAUUAACAUGACGACAACUAUAAUCUAUUUGUAAUUUGAUAAAAAUUAUUAUUUUUUAAAAAAAGGGGGAAAAUUGAAAUAAAAUUACCACGUGUAUCAAAUAAA